UGAUUAGCUGAGAUUGUAAAAGCACUAAGUUUCCUCUUGAGUGAGGGAAGAAGAGACAACAGAAGCCGUCCCGAGAUCAACAAGUGGGCGCUUAGUUAGCACUACCAAGUGUUUUAAUCGGGUUUUCUAAGUGAAAAGUGCUUUACUUGUCUGCUUUUGUGAAGAUACACAGGAGCCAACAUGGGGUCAAUCUUCCGUAGUGAAGAGAUGUCCCUGUGUCAGCUCUUCCUCUCCAGUGAAGCAGCAUACAACUGUGUGUCAGAACUUGGAGAGAUAGGUCUGGUGCAGUUCAGAGAUCUUAACCCAGAUGUUAAUGCCUUUCAACGCAAAUUCGUACACGAAGUACGCCGCUGCGAUGAAAUGGAAAGACAGCUUCGGUACUUGGAAAAAGAAAUGCUGAAGGAUAAUGUUCACAUUGUGGAUACUGGAGAAAACCCUGAGGCGCCUCAGCCACGGGAGAUGGUUGAUUUAGAGGCCACAUUUGAGAAGUUAGAAAACGAGCUGAGGGAAGUCAAUGCCAAUGCUGUAACUCUGAAGAAGAAUUCACUUGAACUGACUGAACUAAAACACGUCUUGAAUGCCACCAAACUCUUCUUUACAGAGCACGAGGGACCUUCUUCCCUCCGUCUCGAACAGAGGGAUGCUGAGCCCAACAGCAGCAUCACGCAGAACCUCCUGCCUGCUGAGGAAGGCAAAGGACCUGUCCAGCUUGGGUUUGUUGCUGGUGUGACAAGACGGGAGCGUAUGCCCAUGUUUGAGCGCAUGUUGUGGCGGGUGUGCCGUGGAAAUGUCUUUGUUCGCCAAGCUGAGAUUCUGGAACCUCUGGAAGAUCCUGUCACUGAAGAAGAGGUACACAAGGUCGUCUUCCUAAUCUUCUUCCAAGGUGAGAAGUUGAAGAAUAAAGUGAAGAAGAUAUGUGAUGGCUGUCGUGCCACCACAUACCCAUGUCCAGAGUCACAACAAGAACGUCAAGAAAUGGGACAAGGUGUCAGGGGAAGACUUGAUGACCUUACAGUAGUGCUGAAUCAGACAACUGACCAUCGGCAUCGAGUAUUGGCUGCUGCUGCCAAACACUUGCGUACAUGGUUCAUUAAGGUGCGGAAGAUUAAGGCCAUUUAUCACGCCCUCAACAUGUUGAACCUGGAUGUGACAAACAAGUGCCUCAUUGCUGAAUGUUGGAUCCCAGUUUCUGACCUGGGCCGUAUUCAGGACGGUCUCCGUAAAGGAACAGAGAAAUCGGGGAGUUCGGUGCAGCCCAUUCUGAACACCAUAAAACCCACCAUGAUGCCACCAACCUUCCAUAGAACCAACAAGUUCACUAAUGGCUUCCAGGCCCUGGUUAAUGCCUAUGGUGUAGCAACCUACCGGGAAAUAAACCCAGCGCUGUACACAACAACAAGCUUCCCAUUCUUGUUUGCUGUGAUGUUUGGUGAUGCUGGCCAUGGACUGAUUAUGCUGUUGUUUGCCCUAUGGAUGGUUUUGAGAGAGAAGGCCCUUAUAGCUUCCAAGAUGAGCGGUGAGAUCUGGAAUAUUUUCUUCGGCGGGCGCUAUAUCCUGCUAAUGAUGGGUUUUUUCUCCGUCUACACUGGCAUCAUCUACAACGACAUAUUCUCAAAGUCAUUCAAUAUAUUUGGAUCGUCUUGGCACAUGGGUGAAAAUGCUACAGUCCAUUACCUAUCAUAUGUGGAAGAGGUCACUCUGAAUCCACUGUAUGAGAAGGAAUACGAUCAGACACCGUAUCCAUUUGGAUUUGACCCCAUAUGGCAGAUUGCAGUGAAUAAGAUUGCCUUCCAGAACAGCUAUAAAAUGAAAAUUUCUAUCAUCAUCGGAGUUGUGCAAAUGAUCUUUGGGGUUAUGCUUUCUCUUGUGAAUCACCUUUUCUUCAGGAACUACGUGAGUCUGGUGUUUGAGUUCAUCCCUCAGAUUAUCUUCCUGAUUGGUCUCUUUGGCUACCUUUGCAUCUUGAUAUUUCACAAGUGGAUACAUUAUGGAUGUGGGCCGGCUUUUGAUUUUAUCCAUAAAGCUGGCUGUGCCCCAGCUGUCCUCAUCACAUUCAUCAACAUGGUUUUAUUUAAAAAAGAUGAACCUCCUGUGUCCUGUGAGCUUUGGAUGUUUGACGGACAGUACAUAAUACAGAUGGUACUUGUGAUAGUGUGUGUCAUCUGUGUUCCUCUUAUGCUCUUCCCUAAGCCGCUGAUACUCAACAGCCGACACAAAGCCAGAAAGGCACAUCACGAUCAGGUCGAAUUGAUGAGUGAUACAUCUCACGCCCAUGGCACAGAAGAGGAAUUUGAGCUGAGUGAAGUAUUCAUCGAACAAGCUAUUCACACCAUUGAAUAUGUAUUGGGGUCUGUAUCCCAUACAGCUUCUUAUCUCCGGCUCUGGGCUUUAUCGCUGGCUCACGGUCAACUUUCCGAAGUAUUAUGGAAUAUGGUUUUAAAAAUUGGACUUUCUCAGACGUCAUUACUGGGAAGCAUAAUGCUGUACUUCUUGUUCGCUGCAUGGGCUGCACUCACCAUCAGUAUCCUGGUGCUCAUGGAGGGACUGUCAGCCUUCCUUCACACACUCCGUCUUCACUGGGUGGAGUUCCAGUCGAAGUUCUACAAAGGCGAAGGUUAUGCCUUUACCCCAUUGACUUUCAAGCACAUUAUCAGUGGGGACGAAGAGGAAGGUUAAAUGGGCACUCACUGAUCAAAUAUACAUUUUUUUUUUUAACACACCAGCUGUCUACCAGAAAGGCAGGGUGACCCAAAAAUGAAGAAACAGUUUUGCCAUCAUUCACUCCAUAACUGUCUUGCCAGAGGCAUGGAAAUGCACAUGUUGAAAAUAAUUAUUAUCCCCUUCAGGUGAAAAUAGUAAUUUUAAUAAUUGGAAAAAGUUUUAUGAAAAAAUUUAUUUUUCAACUUGUAUCAUUUUUAGAUGUACAUGUAUAUAACAAAAAUUACUGUGGUAGCUUAUUUUAAUGUUAUUAAAAUUUAUUUUAAGAUUGAUAGCAAUUACCAUUCAUCUUAAUUUAAAAUUGUAGUCUGUGUAUUUAAUAUAUUCAUUAUUUUGUACUCGCCUAUUUAUGGUUGCAGAGAUCAAGUCACAGUUUGUGUGAAUAUAUGUACAUGUAUAUAGAGGAGGGCCCCAUUUUUAUGGCUAUUAGGUUCCUGACUACAAGCGAUAAAUAAAAAUAACCAGCAUGUGGAAAAGAUCAUUUUUGAAUAUCAUCUGCAUCUAGAACUCCUGAUAACACGUUUAUAUUAUCAUGUAUUCAGUGCUCAAUACAGCUAGGCAUAAAAAAAAUAAAAAAGUAAAAUAAAUACACAGUACAUACAAUACUGACCUAAACCCUUUGACUGUUUUCGACGUAUAAAUACGUCUUACGAGCCAAUGUUUCUGACGUAUAUAUACUCAAUAAUUCUAGCGGCUUCAAAUCAAGCAGGAGAAAGCUGGUAGGCCCACAUGUGAGAGAAUGGGUCUGUGUGGUCAGUGUGCACCACAUAAAAAAAAUCCUGCAGCACACAUUGCGUAAUGAGAAAAAAAACUGAUCGUUUUUUUGGAAUAAAACGCUGACUUUGAGGUGUAUUUUCGUAUAGUAUUUAUCGUUGUAUUCGCGUUUUCAUGGUCUUAGGUGAUAAAAUGGAAAACAUAUUACAGAAAUAGAGAUGAUUUUCAUUACUUUGAUGAUGAAAACGACCUUGAAACUGAGCUCAAAGUAGCGGAAAUGUUCGAUUUUUACCAAUGUUCAGGAGUAAAUAAAUCACGCCACACGUCCAAUACACGUCAACUGGGGAGUCUAAUAUUCUUUCACUAGUGCACUGAUAUUAUUUAUACCAUUUUUACAAUAAUGCAGUAGUCUGCAUAACAGUAAAUUUUGUAUUUUUUUGUAUGAGUAAAAAAUAAAAAUAGAAAGCAAUAAUAAUAUAAGAGGGGCCUAGAGAUGUGACUAAUGAACAGAGCAUAUGUUAUUUUAGUGCCACGAAUGUCUACCUUGUUUAUUCUGGACCCUAUUUUGAAAUUGGCAUCCUUUUUAGUUUGCAUGAAAUUGGCCAAUUUGCCAAUUUCUGACCACAUAUUGGGUAGUCCAAAUUAGUAAAUGGGAGGUUUCUUGUACUCAGCUGAUAGAUAAAAUGGAGUUCUAAAGAAAUAGCUAUGAGUUUGGUCAACUGGAACAAUGGAAUUGGCUGAAAAUAGGGCUCAAAGUCGGCGAAAUCGCCGAUACGCAUAUGUCGCCGAGACCGCUAACUUCGUGGGAGCAUAAUUCCAUGAGUUUUCGACCAAAUUUCGAACUUUUGGUGUCAUUACCAUCGGGAAAAGAUUCUCUAUCAUUUCAUAAGAAAAAAUAAUUUUUUUUUUUUUUUUUCAAAAAUUGAGCGACAUAGAAUGACAGUUUCAGAGAGGGGCCUGAAACAGUCAAAGGGUUAAAUCAUAUUGCCGGUCGAGCUUCGCUCAUGCAACUGUUGUGCAGAAAAGCGGUAAAAGCACCAAACAAACAAUGACUCGGUUGAAAAACCAUUGAAAACAUGAAAUGUUGCAAAGGAUGCCGAAUACACGGAGCCCUCCUGUACAUAUAUAUGUAUAUACACAGAGUUUAUGUAAUAUCACAUAUAUACACAUUUAUAUUUGUAGUUUCUGUGAAUAAAUUUAUCACAGUAGAACAAUGUUGUGGUUGUGAUUGUUAGUUUGGUUAGAUAAGUGAUGUUAGAGUCUCUGUUGUAGUACACUUGAGACUCCAACUCACUUAACUGUCCACUUAUGUAUUUGUGGUGUAUACAGUAGGAUCCCUGUAUCCUUGGGGGAUAUCUUCCAGGACCUACCGUGGAUACCAGAAACCAUGGCUAGUAUUGAACCCUAUAUGU